AUGGACGCCUCGUCGUCGUCUACCGCCGCGGCUCCGCCGCCUACGCACUCCGUGCUCGACACGAUCCAGACCAAGCUAAGUCCUGGCGUGCUCCUCAUCGUGGCCAUCCUGGCCAUGGUGUUCUUCAUCUUCGGCCUGCUCAACCUGCUGGUGCAGAACAUCCUCCGGCUGCGCCGAGCGCGGCAGCGGCGCCUGCGCAUCGCCGCCGGCGACGUCGAUGGCAGCAGCCCGACGGCGCUCCAGGGCCAGCUCCAGCAGCUCUUCCACCUCCACGACGCCGGCGUCGACCAGGCCUUCAUCGACGCGCUCCCCGUCUUCGUCUAUCGCGCGAUCCUUGGCGCCGGCAAGCGCAAGGACGUUGACCCGUUCGACUGCGCGGUGUGCCUGUGCGAGUUCGGCAUGGAAGACUCGCUCCGGCUGCUGCCGACGUGCGGCCACGCGUUCCACGUCCCCUGCAUCGACGCCUGGCUCCUCUCGCACUCCACCUGCCCGCUCUGCCGCGGCAGCGUCCUCGCCGACAACCCAUCGCCGGCGUCCAGCCCGAUCGUGCUCGUCCUCGAGUCCGACGACAGCCACGCCGACACGGCCACGGACCGCGACGCGCCAGGUGUGGUCGACAGCCAGGGGUCCCCGAAGGUAGAGGAGGAGGUCGUCGAGGUGAAGCUCGGCAAGCUCCGGUGCCUGAACGAAGGCAAUGCCGAUUCCGGGGAGCUCGCCGUGGAAGCCACUAGCAGAAACGACCUCGGACGGAGGCGAUGUCUAUCGAUGGGAUCCUACGAGUACGUCAUGGACGACCACGCCGCGCUUCGCGUCGCCGUCAAGACGCCCAAGAAGCAGAGACCGAGAUCCCGGCGCCGGCACUUGUCGGAGUGUGAUUUCAAGAAAGGGGCGUGGGAAACGGCAGUGAAAGAGGCUGCCGCACCGGUGGACGCCGGAACACGUCGCGUCGACGACGGCGGCGCCGUAGUAACGGCGCGGCUAAGCAAGGACAGCUUCUCCGCGUCCAAGAUCUGGAUGGUCCCACCAGCCAAGAAGCAAGAUGGCCGGACAUUGGCCAGUUCGAGGCGCUCGGUGUCAUUCCGGUGGCCGGCGAUGUCCGAGGUGAGCAGGCAUGAUGGCGUAAACGAGGAGCCUCGGGACGUGGAGUCACAGUCAGGAAACGUCGGCAGCAAUGCCGUUCCGUCUGUUGCGGAGAGGAGGCCGCCGUCCCCGAGGACGACGCCGCUCUGGGUCGCCGGCGGGUGGCAGCCGAGCGGCAGCGGUGGAAGCAAUUCUUGA